UCUACUUCUUGUCACUGGUAUCACAGUACCACCCUCCUCAAAUAAGCCUUCUCUUCUCCCCUGCCACCAAGUCACCAACUUCAAGCAACCAAACCUCUACGAGAGACUUCUUCUCCUAUAUUCCUUUAAUCCUUAUAAGCUCCCUUUAACCCCUUCUUCUCUUUAUUCUCUUUUGUACAACAAAUACUUCAUGGCCACAUCUUUUCAUUUCUUGCUCUGUUUUAUGCUCUGUUUUCUAAACAUCUCUGUUUCAAUAUCAGAGACUUUGUUUCUUCCUUUAACCAACUCUCUCUCCACUACCCAGUUCACUUCCACCCAUCACUUUCUUAAAUCCACCUCUACUCGCUCAGCUGCUCGCUUCCGCCACCACCACCACCGCUUUCGCCGUCUCCAAAACAACCAGCAUCGCCAAGUCUCUCUUCCUCUAUCUCCAGGUAGUGAUUACACUCUGUCUUUCACUCUCAACUCUUAUCCACCCCAACACGUCUCGCUUUAUCUCGACACAGGCAGUGACCUUGUCUGGUUUCCUUGCCAGCCAUUUGAAUGUAUUUUGUGCGAAGACAAAGUAGAAAACACCACCGCUUCAUCUUCGCUGCCAAAAAUUUCCUCCACCACAAAAACUGUCCACUGUAAAUCUUCUGCAUGCUCUGCUGCCCACUCUAAUCUCCCUACCUCCAACCUCUGCGCUAUUGCCAACUGUCCAUUAGAGUCCAUAGAAACUUCAGAUUGCCGAUCAUUUUCUUGCCCGCAGUUUUAUUACGCUUAUGGUGACGGCAGCCUUAUUGCUCGCCUUUACCGCGACUCUAUUACAUUACCAUUAGCAACUCCCUCUUUAAAACUCCAUAAUUUUACCUUCGGUUGCGCCCACAGCGCCCUCGCCGAGCCAGUUGGAGUUGCUGGUUUUGGCCGUGGAGUGCUCUCUUUGCCAGCCCAGCUCGCUUCCUAUUCUCCUCAACUGGGGAAUCAAUUCUCUUACUGUUUGGUGUCUCACUCGUUUGACUCGGAUCGAGUCCGCCGUCCGAGUCCACUCAUUCUUGGCCGUUCUGAUGAAAAGGAGAAACGGGUGAAUAACGAUGAUCAUCCACUUUUUGUUUACACUUCUAUGCUUGAUAACCCAAAACACCCUUAUUUUUACUCUGUCGGGCUGGACGGAAUUUCUAUAGGUAAAAAGAGAAUUCCGGCGCCGGCUUAUUUAAAAAGAAUCGACAGAGAAGGAGGCGGUGGAUUGGUAGUGGAUUCAGGAACUACUUUUACAAUGUUACCGGCGAGUUUGUAUAACUCGGUGGUGACUGAGUUCGAUAAGAAAGUUGGGCGAAUUUAUGAGCGAGCCAAUGACGUUGAAGACAAGACAGGACUCGGUCCGUGCUACCAUUAUAACAUUGUAGUAAAUAUUCCUAGUUUAGUCUUACAUUUCAUAGGGAAUGAAUCCAGUGUAGCGCUGCCUAGGAAAAACUAUUUUUAUGAAUUUUUAGACGGUAGAGGUGGAGAGAGCAGGAAGAGGAAGGUCGGAUGUUUGAUGCUAAUGAACGGCGGAGAUGAGGAAGAGCUCAGCGGUGGGCCAGGGGCGACCUUGGGAAACUAUCAACAACAGGGGUUUGAGGUGGUUUACGAUUUGGAGAGAGGAAGGGUUGGGUUUGCAAGGAGAAAAUGCGCAUCUUUGUGGGAAAGCUUGAACCAAGGCUAACAUGCGCUGGCGUUGACUUAGCUGUUUGAAAGUUGAAAUUUGGUGGGUUUGACCGCACGUGAGUGCGAUGUAAGUAAAGUAAGUAGAGUAUAAGUGGAUUUUGCGGUAAUAAGGUGGGUUUGGAUAAGGUUAUAAUUAAAAUACUCGCACUUCAUUUUUUUGCUUGACUUUUGACUAAUGAUGUAUAUAUGGAAAUGUUUAUUUUUUUCUGCACAUAUGUCGGCAAAUGUGAGAUGGCAAAAAAUGAAGUACAAGUAGAGCUAUAAAAGCAUGUGUAAAAUUUUUUAUUAUUUUAAAUAUAAAUGUCAAUUUUUUUUUGUUUCCAAA